GAAAGGGAGAGUUUUUAUUCGUUUACCUUUUCGUUGAGCUUUCUUUCGUCAACGGUCCUCAUUCAGUUAAGAGGGAGCAAAUCAGCGUCUGAGCUUUGGGUUUUUUGACGUACUCGUAGACUGUCGAACACACCAUUGCGCUGUGCUCACAACUCGUCACCAAGAAAGGCUGGCGAGAGCACUCUCCCCGACUCCGUGCGCGCCGCUUUCUUCCAUUCUCUUCCCGUAUAUCGUGUAGCAAAGGAAGGAUGGUGGUGCAUCUCGUGUGGAUCAUUAAUCAGUCCGGGCAGCUCAUCACGAAGACGAGCUUCACCGGACCAGAGAACAUCGGCGACCUCGGGGCCAACCCCGACAUGCAGCUCACCCUGUCGAGCGUGUUGUUCUCCACGUGCGGCAUGUCGCAGCAGCUCACGCCGAACGCCGAUCCGCUUGACAGCGCGUGCAUGGACUUGAUUGAAUGCGAGGAACACAACAUCCACAUCUACGAGACGCCCACGAGUGUGAAGUUUGUGGUUUUCUCCGACAAUCGCACGAUGGAGUGCACACAACUCUUCAAGGAGCUGCAUGCAUUGUACGCGGAGUACGCAACGAAGAACCCGUUCCACACGGUCGAUGAAGCAGGCAUUGGCCAGCCGGUGCGUGUACCGGCGUUUAGUGAGGCAAUUCGCGCCGCUGUGGCAAAUUACCAGCGAACCUGA